AUGUACGAGUUUCUCGAGCCGUUUUAUGAUGCUACAGUUGCUAACGAAGGAACAACGGCGUCGUCUAUCACUAAUGUCCUGCCUACAAUGGAUUAUUUACUCCACUAUAUUGAAGCCGCUAGAGCAGCAACUACUAUUCCUCACUUAGCGACGAUGAUGGAAACUGCUUGGGCUAAACUAGCCGACUAUUACGAGCUCACGGAAGACUCGCCUGUGUACUCGGCCGCAACAGUGUUGAAUCCUUCUCUCAAGUGGGCAUAUAUGGAAAGGACAUGGAAGGAAAAGGAAGAUUGGAUUGAGAGGGCGAAAACUCGGGUGACGCAGCUUUGGAAGGAGACAUACAAGUCGACGACGUCGUGUCCUGCGCUGUAA